AUAUAAUAGAAAUAGUGGCGCCUUCGCUCAGUCGCUAUUCACACUUCAACUUCCUCAGACUUGUUUUGAACACAACCAACAGCCAACCGUGCGAUUCCAUUUACUAGAACCACCAUCUUCAACCUCAAAAGAAACCAGAACACAAGCCAAAAUGACCACCUCGAACCCCCCAAGCACCGCCCCCAAGAACAUCCGCCCCCUCAACCGCUACAUUACCACGCACUCCCCAACCACCAACCAAGCGAUCUUCUCCACCACCCUGCCCGAAACCAUGCCCGUCCAACAGAUCAACGACUCCGCGGCGGCCCAGUUCUCCCUCGCCUACACCACCGACACGUUUCCCGUGGACCUGACCGACGAGCGCGACAUCCCCGCCUACAGCCACUACCUCACCAACCCGCCGGGCAUCACGAUCAGCACGGGCACCGUGUGCCGGAUCGUGGACAUGCCGCCGCACGCGCUGAGCCCCAUGCACCGCACCGUCUCGCUGGACUACGGGGUCGUGCUGGAGGGCGAGGUCGAGCUGGUGCUGGACUCCGGGGAGACGAGGCUCCUUAAGCGCGGCGAUGUGGCGGUCCAGCGCGGCACCAACCAUGCGUGGCGCAAUGUCACGCCGGAUAUUGUCGGGGAGGAUGGGGAGAGGGUGGCGUGCUGGGCACGGAUGUUGGAAUGGAUUGUUGUGGGUAGUGCAAGCGUGAUUGUUAAAUGUGUAUGGAAUCAGGAGCUUCAAGGGAAACACUCUGGAUGGGCUGUACAUGCACUGCAGUACAAGAGAGCUGGGUGCUUGAAUAACAGCAUUGACCGAGUCUGGGACAAAGUUAUCCGUAUGCGUUGUUUUGAACACUGGAGGUUUCUGAAGGCUUUUGCACGUUCCAGGUGA